CCCCGCCCCCGCUGCAGCUGAAGACUUCCCCUCCCGCAGUGACAGAGCCUCUGGGUCGGUGGUCGGUACUGGUCCUUGCACCUCGCGCCCGGGCGGGUAAAUAAGCAUGAUGGAUUUCUCCAAGUUACCCAAAAUACUCGAUGAAGAUAAAGAAAGCACAUUUGGUUUUGUCCAUGGGGUCUCAGGACCUGUGGUGACAGCCUGUGACAUGGCCGGGGCCGCCAUGUACGAGCUGGUGAGAGUGGGCCACAGCGAGUUGGUUGGAGAGAUUAUUCGAUUGGAGGGGGAUAUGGCUACCAUUCAGGUCUAUGAAGAAACGUCUGGUGUGUCUGUCGGAGACCCUGUACUCCGCACUGGUAAACCCCUCUCAGUAGAGCUUGGUCCUGGCAUUAUGGGAGCCAUUUUUGAUGGUAUUCAGAGACCUCUGUCGGAUAUCAGCAGUCGGACUCAAAGCAUCUACAUCCCCAGAGGAGUAAAUGUGUCUGCACUUAGCAGAGAUAUCAAAUGGGAUUUUACACCUUGCAAAAACUUACGGGUUGGUAGUCAUAUCACUGGUGGAGAUAUUUAUGGAAUUGUCAAUGAGAACUCUCUCAUCAGACACAAAAUUAUGUUACCCCCACGAAACAGAGGAACAGUAACUUACAUUGCUCCUCCUGGAAACUAUGAUACCUCUGAUGUUGUCUUGGAGCUGGAAUUUGAAGGUGUCAAGGAGAAGUUCAGCAUGGUCCAAGUUUGGCCCGUUAGGCAAGUUCGACCUGUCACUGAGAAGCUGCCAGCCAAUCAUCCUCUGUUGACUGGCCAGAGGGUCCUGGAUGCCCUUUUCCCGUGUGUGCAGGGAGGGACGACUGCUAUCCCUGGGGCUUUUGGCUGUGGAAAGACAGUGAUAUCACAGUCUCUUUCCAAGUAUUCCAACAGUGAUGUGAUCAUCUAUGUCGGAUGUGGUGAAAGAGGCAAUGAAAUGUCUGAAGUGCUUCGGGAUUUCCCAGAGCUCACCAUGGAAGUGGAUGGUAAGAUAGAGUCAAUUAUGAAGAGGACAGCUUUGGUUGCAAAUACCUCCAACAUGCCUGUUGCUGCUAGAGAAGCCUCUAUCUACACAGGAAUUACACUGUCGGAAUAUUUCCGUGACAUGGGUUAUCACGUCAGUAUGAUGGCUGAUUCUACCUCUAGAUGGGCUGAGGCCCUUAGAGAAAUCUCUGGCCGCUUAGCUGAAAUGCCUGCAGAUAGUGGAUACCCUGCAUAUCUUGGCGCCCGCUUGGCCUCUUUCUAUGAGCGAGCAGGCAGGGUGAAAUGUCUUGGGAAUCCUGAAAGAGAAGGCAGUGUCAGCAUUGUAGGAGCGGUUUCUCCACCUGGUGGUGAUUUUUCUGAUCCUGUUACAUCUGCUACUCUUGGUAUUGUUCAGGUGUUUUGGGGCUUAGAUAAGAAGUUAGCUCAACGUAAGCACUUCCCCUCUGUCAAUUGGCUCAUCAGCUACAGCAAGUACAUGCGUGCCCUGGAUGAGCACUAUGACAAACACUUCACGGAGUUUGUGCCUCUGCGGACCAAAGCUAAGGAGAUUCUGCAGGAGGAAGAAGACCUGGCCGAAAUUGUGCAGCUUGUGGGAAAGGCUUCUUUAGCAGAAACAGAUAAAAUUACUCUGGAGGUGGCAAAACUUAUUAAAGAUGACUUCCUGCAACAAAAUGGAUAUACUCCUUAUGACAGGUUCUGUCCGUUCUACAAGACGGUGGGGAUGUUGUCCAACAUGAUUGCGUUUUAUGAUAUGGCCCGUAGAGCUGUUGAAACCACUGCCCAGAGUGACAGUAAGAUCACAUGGUCCAAUAUCCGUGAGCACAUGGGGGAGAUCCUUUAUAAGCUUUCCUCCAUGAAGUUCAAGGAUCCAGUGAAAGAUGGUGAGGCAAAGAUCAAGGCCGACUAUGCCCAACUUCUUGAAGACAUGCAGAAUGCAUUCCGGAGCCUUGAGGAUUAGAACUGUGACUUCCUUCCUCCUUUUCCUCCACAAGCUCAUAGGUGUUUAUUUUCCUAAAUUCUCAUCUCAACCCCUUGCUUAUUAUUGUGCAGCUUUGAGACUAGUGCCUCUGUAUAUUACCAUUUGUUUCCGUGUUGAUUUGGUAGGUCUUAUGUAAAACAAGCAUUCCUUCGUUUCAGUGUGUGAAAGGCCUCCCUGAGUCUUUACCUGAAGUGGCGAAUGUAGUAAAUAUAUAUAUCUAUACAACGGCUACACUACUGUAAACUUGUCAUGUAGGGUGACACUCAUAACCUUUUCAUAGGUUUGCCCUUUCUCGUGCCCAUUAAAUUGUCAACAGGACUACUGCAUGUACUGUAAUUGCAAUGCAUUUAGAAUGGAAGACCAGGUACUCUAUGGGGUGACUCAAUAUCUCAGUCGUAAGGGGAUUUGCGGCUUAGCAUUUGCUAAGAAACAGCGUUGCAGGAAAUACUUCCUUUUUAAAGAUAUGAAUGAUUAAUGGUCCAAUUCUGGAUUGCUUUCCCAGGAGAAAUCAGGAAUAUUUGUGGGGAAGUGUUGGGAACUUUACUAUUUUUAAAACAGGUGAUUGUGGGGCUCAGCACAAUACAGGGGUCUUGAAAGUUUGUGGAAAACGGGAAUUAAAAGAUAAUAGAAUGUUUCCAUGUACUUUCUGAAGCCUCCUUGUAUAUGAAGUAGUACCCUCCCCACAAAAGUACAGGAGGAGCUAGGCAGUGAAACAGUUUAGCGUCCUCUUGAUAAAGUAUAUUUUAUUUCAUUAUGAAAAUUCUGUAUCAAGGAUUGUUAUACUACAUUACUCAUUAAAUUAAAAUUAUACUUAAAACAAUCACUGAACACUUGAUUCACAUCACACCCUUUCGUUUCUUCAAAGAUCUCAGCAGCCCGACCGAGCCUCUGAGAACCAUGUGGCAGUGUGUCAGGUACUGAGCUACUUGAGCGGUCAGGGCCAAUGGGGCUGUCGGGAUUCAUGGGGCCACCCGGACGUUUUGUUUUCCAAAAACAAUGGCAUGUCACUUGUUUGCUUGUUGAAUUUUUAACCAACCAGCUUUACCAAGUACAGAGAUACUUCUUGCAUGUCGUUUGUCAUUCACUGGGUCAAAGGUUUCUCAGAACAUCUGUAACCGAAGCAGCUGAACAAUUUCCAUUGUGUGCAAUAGUGACAAGAGUAACUCCCGCGUCUGUUAUUACAGAAAUCUGUGUCAUGUGAAAAAGAUUGCUUCAUCCUGCCUUGUAAGUAUUUCUUUUAAAAGACUGUUAUCGAUGUUUGUGUGGCAAGGCACACCGCAGGACAGCUCUGAGGGCCACCGUUUCUCAGGAGCAGUGGGAACAGUGUCUGACCAAUAGUGCUGCCUCCCCUGCUGCCUCUCUGGGCAGAGGUGAGGGUGUCCAGACACAUGUAACUGUCUUAGAUACCCAGAUGUCACAGCAUAGUUAAAGUACUGCUUUAGGUAAUGCCUUUCUGUUGGUCUUUUAAGGAAAGAUGCAAUCAGCAGGGAAUUGUUUUCUUUGAACUCUGUGGAUUGCAAGCUCUUUAAUUGGCUCGCUAUUCAGGAAAGGUAUUCUUCUACGAAAUUCUUUUUAAUCUCUCAGGAUAUUGGCAGAUAAAAAUUAUGCAAUGAUGUGUUGAGAUGUAGACAUAAUGAUGCUGCUUAAUCAGUUUGCUUCCAACGUGGCCUCCCUACCAAAGGCCCUAUGACCAGUGGAAAUUCGAAGGAUUUCAAAAACUUUCUAUUCCUACCUUGAAGCUACCAGCAUACUAGGAUUGUGAGAGUAAUGAAUGGUAUGAUGACAAAAAAUUGGCCAAGUUUGAUUUUUGUUAUUCUGAAUUUGCAGUGUACAUUCUUACUCCUUUUAAGAAUGUUGAUGUAUGAGUGUGAGGAUGCUAGAGAAACUGUUCAGAUAUCCAUUGUAAGUCUCCCUUCACUUUUGUGUUGUAGAAUUUCUGAUUAGGGCACUGAUCGUAUUUCUUUAACAAGAAUGUGUUACAAUUACAAAAAUCUUUUUAAAAGAUGAUGCAAUUCUAUAUUUAUUGUGCUGUGCCUGGUCCUAAGUGGAGCCAGUUAAAUAAGUUUCAUAUGUAUUUUUCCAGUGUUAAAUCUCACACAUUGUAUCCUUUGAGAAUUUCCUUCCAUCCUGAAGAAACAAUAGAAAAGGUCAUAUAUAUUGCCUCCUGACUCUUGAAAUUUCACUAUCUUUAUGUUAAAAGUUGUGUAUAAUUAUUAAAAUCUAUGAAAGAAUAAAAAGUGCAUUUAAAUGAA